UACACGCGCACAGAACGAGAAAAGAACACAAUGUAUCAUAACAUACCUAUAAUUAUGCUCAUCGCAAGAUUAGUUUUCAGUCUAAUUUGUCAAGAGGUACUAGAGAUGCCUGAGAAUAAAAAGCUUAACUUUAAGGAAUUGCAGACAAUGCAACCUAAAGAAGUUGCCGAUUGCCUAACCCAUUUAGGCAGGGAAGAAAUGAGGGCAGAUGAAGCCGAAUUCAUAUGGAACUCAUUAAUCGAGUUCUUUAAAGGCAUUGCAAAUAUUCCCGAAGAAGUUCUUGCAGUACUUCAUUAUGUAACUGUAGCUGUUCAACCAGAAGAUUACCUUAAUAUAACAAUGGCGAACAUUGAUGUUAUACGAAACUUCGGUUUAGAUUAUGGACUCAACGACGAUCACCUUGAGGCUAUAGCGUGGCGAGUUCGCGAGGACUUUGGAGGUAAAGAACCAGAAGACUAUACUGUCUACGAUUUGGAAGCUUUGCGACAAAUCCUGUGCGCGUUUAAUAGAAGCGAAAUAGAGAGGAUUCGUCCUAAAGCUUUUAAAGAAGCGGCGGGCAUUAUAGGAAAGCUGAGGAACUGCAAUCGUGACAUUAUGCAGGGUUUUGCCCAAUUGGCAACUCAGAAGAAUGCUUUCGGUUCGCCGUCUCUAUGGACGAACACAACACUGCACGCAGUUGGCGCUGUAGCUGAAUAUUUGCCAAGCGAUGUCGUAACUAAGCUGAAAGUUAGGCUCGGUAGAAAUGUGUUCACUGACGAAAACAACUAGGUAGGUGACGUAGACAGUUGGCAAA